AUCUUAGCAUCCAAACAAACAUAAGUCCUUCACAACAAUCUCAGCUUUCAGUUGUCACACACAACCUAGAAUCUCCACUUACUUCCUCGAUCAAGAAAGAAAAACUCUGCCAGAACCAUGGCCAUCCGCAUGCCUCGUAUUAUUCAUUCCAAGAAUUUUCUUAGACGGGUUUCAUCAAUGGGAAACCAUACAACAGUAGAUAUUCCAAAAGGUCAUGUUGCAGUAUACGUUGGGGAGGGUGAAAAGAAGAGAUUCAUCAUCCCAAUAUCAUACUUAAACCAUUCUUUGUUUGAAGAUUUGUUAAGUCAAGCUGAGGAAGAAUUUGGGUUUGAUCAUCCAAUGGGUGGCCUCACAAUCCCCUGUAGCAUGGAUGUAUUCAUUGAUGUCACUUCUCAAUUAAGUGUCAUAUGAAAUCUGCUGCUAGCUUAGUUUGGUUGAGAACAAUUUUGUAAAGCAGAGUUGUACAUUUUUAACCUAGCUAGAAUUGAUAAAAGCUUGAGGUGGAAAAUCAUGCCAUCCUAUGACACAGUUUUACUGUAUACCAUAGAAAAUAAAGUUAUAAACAUUUUGUAGGAAUAGUCAAUUUGCUACUUUUUUGGUAAUAUAAUCCAUAUAUUCCAAUUCUCAAAUUAAAUUAUUUUGUAGGAAUAUUAUCUACUUGGUACUGCAUUACCAACUGAGAGUUGUUGAAGAGAUACCUUGAUGAUAUAGGAGAUUUUGUGGUGAUAUGAGGUUUUAUGUCUGCCUUCUGCUCAGGGAAACUGGAAUUCCACUCAAAUAGCCCCAUAGUAUGGUCCUAGCAGAAGGGGAGACCAAUUUUAUACAAUGAAUGUUCUGCUGCCCUGUUACUCAUCCAUUUGUUCGAAAUAGGAAAAUCCAAUUCUUGAUUUGAAUUUAAGUAUGGAUGUACACAAUUUUUUUAUUGCACAAUAUAUCCCUGUCUAUAAACUCUCAGAGGGAUUCUUUUGA